CAUUGGCUCAUGAUCCAGCAACUCGCAGCUUCUCCCUCCCUAUCCUGAACUCCAAACCGAUAACCCGCUCGCGACCCCUGUUCUCUCCCCAUCCCUCACCCGAAUCCUCCUCCAUGGCGGCUCUGCCCACCGGCUCAUUCGCAGCAUGUAGCCUCCAGCCAAGGAUCCCGGCGUCGCCGCUUGCCCCGAAGGCGCGGCCGCAGAAUGCUGCCGCGGCAGCGGCGUGUGGUGUUGUUCCGACGCGGGGAUGCCUCCACCGUGCCGGCGCCGCGAAGGGCGUGUCCGCGGUGUGCGAGCCGCUGGGGCCCGACAGGCCUGUCUGGUUCCCCGGCACCUCCCCUCCCCCAUGGCUCGACGGCAGCCUCCCGGGAGACUUUGGAUUUGAUCCUCUUGGACUAGGGUCGGAGCCGGAGACGCUGCGGUGGUUCGCGCAGGCGGAGCUGAUGCACAGCCGGUGGGCGAUGCUGGCGGUGGCCGGGAUCCUGAUCCCGGAGAUCCUGCAGAAGUGGGGCUUCAUGGAGGAGUUCUCCUGGUACACCGCCGGCGAGCGCGAGUACUUCGCCGACCCCUGGACGCUCUUCAUCGCGCAGAUGGCGCUCAUGGGCUGGGCCGAGGGCCGGCGGUGGAUGGACUACCUCAACCCGGGCUCCGUCGACAUCGAGCCCCGGUUCCCCAACCGCAAGAACCCCACCCCCGACGUCGGCUACCCGGGCGGGCUCUGGUUCGACUGGGGCAACUGGGGCCGCGGCUCGCCGGAGCCCGUCAUGGUUCUCCGAACCAAGGAGAUCAAGAACGGCCGCCUCGCCAUGCUCGCCUUCGUCGGCUUCUGGUUCCAGGCCGUCUACACGGGCCAGGGCCCCGUUGAUAACCUCCUGGCGCACCUCGCCGACCCCGGCCACUGCAACAUCUUCUCGGCAUUCACUUCCCACUGAUUGUCGCAGAGAGCGAUGCACGGUUUUGCAAAAAACAGAGGUUUGGCAUUGAUCUUGGCCAUGGAAUGUGAAUAUUACAUGCAUACAAGGAGGAAUAUAUAAUAUUUUGUAUGAUGAAAAUACUAGGCAAAAUUCUUGUAUUACCACCCCAGAGCGACAUCUUUUUUUUUCCUUGAACACGCCCGCAAGCAUAUCAUUUUCGUUAAGAAUAAAACACUAACAACUCAUUUGGCAUCCAUCCUUUCAUUUCAUUGAUAGAAAUGAAAUGAAAUCCAAUUUUUGA